UGAUACCAGGCAUUCAUACGGAUUGGCCACGCGUCGAGUAUCAGAAAGAGCGCACGAGGCCUCUUUCGUCGGCGUUCUCGUCUGCGAUACAGCAUAAAAUUGGAGGUCGAAAAGAACCGAUCACGAUACCAACUAGAAGGCAAGGACACCAUGGUCAUGAGGAUCAUUAUCAGAACAUAGGAGGCGCGCACCAGGGUACGGCUGCUCGUCAACUUGGUGAAGAUAAAAAUUGUGAAGAUGAUAAUGAACUCACGAGUGGUCUAGUCGUUGCAAAAAAAGUGUGCCUGCAACCAGCAAUUCCGCCAGGCAUAUGCUUAGCGAGAGCAGCUUAUGUGCACAGGGAAAAAGGAGACGCUAAAGUGUACGACCACGGGCAGGACGGUGGAAAUUAGAUUUGAGGAUUUUACUUGAAAACUGAAAAUAACCGAGUUGGUGACUGAAAUAAGGGAGGUAGCUUUGACAGGGCUACUCUUCCUUGUUCAGUAUCUCGCCUAGUUUCAGUAAUUACUCGCUUAUUUCAGUUUUUCGAAAAUAGGAUGAACAAGUAAGUGCAGGCGUUAACUUUAAGUGUACCCUUAUCAUGUUGAUGUGCAUAGUUGUUGAUGUGCAUAGUUUCCCAAGUAGAUGACGAGAUGCAAGAAUAUAGAGUUAGAGAUUAUAGAAAAAUCUAAAUCACACCAAGAAGGAUACUCGCACAUGAUCAUUAGGUUGUUCGUCAGUAUUUUUAUUCUCCAAUUUUUGUUGUGGUUGCUAGCUCAGUGUCAAUUUUGUUAGUUCCUCAGUUUAUUCCGUAAAUUCCCGAUAUUCGUAUUCGUUGAACAAUACCGAUUGUUCCGCAGAUUCCGUAGAAAAAAUCUAGAGAACAUCUCAGAUUGUUCUUCACUGUCUUAUUUCAGCUCCAGUUUUUCUUUUCGUAAACCAACCAAAAGCAUAUAUGUCAUAACCAAGUGUGUGUGAGCAUGUUGUCAUGAGGAUUUGGCAGUCAUUCUACUUGCAGAUACGAAG